AUGGCCCCGCUUCCUCCACCGAAAGCCUUCCCCUCCCUCAGCGACUUUGACCCUUCGGGGGAGACCUUCACUUGCAUCUUUCCCCUCGUUGACAAAGGUCGGUGCUGCACAAAUCGAAUCAAUAAAAGGGAUCGGCAGGCCGCUUCGUCUCUUCACGGAAGGAUCCUAAAAUGCUCAUCUGCUAUUGAACGUGCUUCUCUUAUCAAGCAAUUGGUAGUGGUGUGUUUCUGCCAGCAAAGACACCGUGAGAAGAUCCAGAGCUCCCAGCUCGAACAAGAAAUUUGUCAAAAAUGGCAGAGCGAGGUAGAGCACACAUCAUCUACCGAAGUGAAGCAAGAGGCAGAAGAACUUCUGGUCAAGCCAUCACCAGCAAUUGUCAAGCGGCCGGGUUCUCCCGUCUCCUCUUCGACAGCCCAUCCAAGGUACAAUCUGAGAUCCAACGACUCACGGACUCCUUCAGGCCUGGGAGUAUCGAGUCCGGAGCCUCGUGACCCCAGUCCGGAAUUCGAACCGAUCACAAAGAGCCCGACAACGCUCGUGUCAGUCCUUCUCCGAGACCUCUCACGCAAAAGGGACCAUCAACUGGGAGACUUGUAUCUCUUCUUGAGAGACUCAAGUCCAGGCAUGGUCAAGAUCGGAUAUUCGAGAAAGGUGGAAGAGCGUUUGAAAAGAUGGGAACGAUCAUGCAACUACACUCCGAUCCUGAAACGUCUAAUCAGACAAGUCCCUCACGUACCUCGCGUGGAAAUGCUGGUCCAUCUCGAACUCCAUCAGUACUGGCGCCGAGAAAAAAGGUGCAAACAUAAUCCGCUCUGUGGCAAGCAACAUCAAGAGUGGUUUGAGAUCGACGUCGAGACUGCAGCUGCAAGCAUGGACAACUUUGCAGAAUGGAUCACGGUCACCGAACCGUAUGACGAGAAUGGCCAGCUGAAGAACAAAUGGAGAAAUAUUAUCCUAAAGAUGGAGAAAGAUGGCAAGGUCGUGACCUCGCAGAUGCUUCUGGAUGCGGUCUGCAAGACUGAAGACGCGGUCGUAAAAGAGCCGGCCCGGGACGGGGCCAUCACAUCACCACGGAUACCGGCGUUCGCAAUGACUCGAGAGCCUGAGCCGGGACACGCACCAUCUACCAAACCGGCCGGCAAUCCUGCUUCCGUUGACGAGACCGUGUCGACAUUGAUCGAGGUUAUUAAAUCGCUCCCCUCAGAUCGAAUCGCUCUGCUUCAGGCUGUCCUUGACGCGGCCAAAUCGAGAGUGCCAGUCCCAGUAGCUUCCUGA